AUGGAGGAAUAUAAUGACAUGAAUUUAGAAGGUGAAGAACAUGGUGUUAUUGAGAGUUCGAUGCAGGAGGGGCAGAACAUGAGUUUACCAUAUAUUGUAUACAAUGCCAACAAGUUGACAAAGCUAGUCAAUGAGAAGAAGAAAAAGCAGAAUUGGCUUGACUAUUAUCAACUCAAGUAUACUAGAAAUCAGUCCAAAAGGCCAACAUCAAAGACUGGUUUUCUGGGCUUAUGCGGCAAGACCGUUGAUGCGAUUGAUUUCAAUACUUCUGAAAUUGAAAAGCUCUCAAAAAAAAUAUCUGAUGAGAGAAUGAAUAUUAUUGGGAGCACCAAGUAUAUUAUGCCAGCAGCAUUUGUUUCUUUUAGAACAAGAUGGGCAGCUGCGGUUUGUGCACAAACACAACAAGCCAGAAAUCCAACAGUGUGGUUAACUGAGUAGGCUCCCGAGCCCCGUGAUGUCUACUGGGAUAAUUUGGCAAUUCCUUAUGUUUCACUGUCAAUCAGGAGGCUUAUUGCUGCUGUGGCAUUUUUCUUCCUUACCUUCUUUUUCAUGAUCCCGAUUGCAUUUGUACAGUCCCUUGCUAAUAUAGAGGGAAUAGAGAAAGCAUUACCUUUCUUGAAAUCCUUAAU